UCGCGCGGGAACGUUCCGGAGAGUUUUCUCCCCCCACUUUCCGCUCGAUCCGGAUCGUGCCCUAACCUCCUCGCGAGUGAUCGUAAGCUCAAUUCCUGAAACUUUCUCCUACUUUUCCCCGGGUUAAUUCCUGCACCGUUUCCCGCAAAAAUUCCCGAGUUUUCCGACUCGCUCCUCCGUGUGCCCGCGGUCACGUGACUGGGUGUUUGGAGGAAUCGCAGAUGUGGCAGAGAUUCCCAUCCACGAGGUGGCCCAUGCUCCCCAGGCAUGGCUAUCAUGCAGUCCUGCUGCUGCUGGCGAUCGGUACGACGGGGUAGCUUCGCAAGCGCCAUCUUCACCGGGUUCUACUUCGCCCUCGUCGCUGUCAUGACGGGAACUCUUCUCUAUGACGAGCAACAGUACCUAAUCGGAAAUCGUUCCUUACCGGAGUCGCCCAGCGUCCUGGAGCCGGAUACCAUAUCACCGACCACCAUAAGGUUCAACAUCGCGGUGCUGACGUGUUCCUGCUGCGGAGUGCUCAGCUCGCUGCUACUCCUCUAUGGCCUGCUCAAGGAUCAGCUGAUAUUCCUCGUGCCAUGGAUCGUCGCAAUGGUGGCUUUCAUCGCCGUCGACUUAGCCCACACCAUGUACCUGCUCUUCUUCACCGAGGAGAGGCUGACCCCGAUCAAGGCGAUGGUCUUCACGUUGAAUUUCUUCUUGGUCUGCCUGCACAUAUAUUCGCUGCUCUGCGUGAUAUCUCAGUGCCAGGAAUACCUCAUGGGCCGCGGCACCGCAACCGACGACUGCGAGUACAGGGUCCCAGCAGUGCGCUAUACCGUACCACCGACCACCACGGCGACGUCGUGUCUGAGUUCCCGAAGGGCGGCGACGAACAACGAGACUCGAGAGACGGCCACGGCGACGCCCACGCAAAGUCCGACGACGGCGCCGGCCGCCAUGUCGGAAAAAAGUCCAAACGCCGGGAAAUCGGCGAGGAAACACGUGCAGUUCCCCGACACGACCUCGAUAAGUCAAACCGAGAAGUCGGACACUGGAGGUAUCGACAUAACCACCAAGUGGACCCCGGAGACCGAGCUGGGCAAGUCGGAGAUCCAAUUGGCCCCUGGUGCCGUUGAUACCGCGCCAUUAUUGUCCUCGCCAACGAUCCAUCAGUCGUCACCGGCGGGGACAAAGGGCGGCGAUCCGCAGAGUUGAGCCCUGGGGUGCUCGCCGGGCCUCUAGUCAACUUGUUUUCCUCGUAUCAGGGUCCUAACGAGCGGAAGUUAAGCGUUAAUCAAUGUGAUCGAUGUCGUAGUUAUCGCCGGCCGAUCGGAGUCCGGGACCGACUCCAAUCCUACGACCGCCAUUUUGGAGAACCACUUUUUCUAUCAGGCAGAGCGGACCUUGAACUCUAUAUUUAUCCGAUUGAGGGAGGAGCGAGAUAGAUUAUCCGCAUGGUCCGACGUGUACAUACAUUGACGGGCUAAUGAUCCGGAGAUGAGAGCCGACUAUAAGUGGUACACCUACGCUGAUAAAAAUCUAUCGAGAUUUACAUACAUUUUUCCACGCCGCGUAACUCAAGUUUCACGUAGGAAAAAAACGGUGGAAAGAUUACGUUACAGGGCAUUUUCGCUCGAAUUAAACGUAACGUUAACGGGAUAAUUUCCUUUAACUUGACUUAGAUGUCGAAUGCGAUAUCACAGAGACAAUGCGACUUUUCUGCAAUUUAUCGUGGCAUCGAAAUCACCGAUAAUUGGAUGUGUGAAUUCAGUGUGGUCACUUUUAUCGGCGUGGAAAACGUCAACGCUCUCGAAAUACGUUCCCUGCGUAGUGUACACUUAGCUCAUCGUCCAUUAAAUGGAGAAUGUUAAGGAUGGCCGCAACCAUUGUUGAGACUGAGACGCGUUGUUCCUUUCGGACCAACUUUUUCUACCGUCGUGCCCGUGCGCGUUAACGACUCGUUGAAACGGUCAGGUGGACAAAGACCUUAGUCACGAUUUAAUGUAACGUAAUCGAGAGAGGGGACGUAUCAUUUUAGGAAUUAAUUACGGAGAGAAGACCCUCCUGCGAGUACUCGACUUCUCAACCUCUGUGUACGGUAACAAUGACCGCAUCGUGUAUGGUAAUAAAGAAUUCUACCGUGCACCAUUCGUGGGACAAAACGCGCGUACCGAGUUGACAAAGGGUCGAGGAGAUGAAUUCGGAAAGAUAAGCUGACCGUUGUUUCCAAUUUACGAGAGAAUCAUAAAUUCCGAAUUUAUUGGUGUCUCUUGCAAGUCUCUAUCAAAUAUACAAGACAUAACAAAAAUUAUUACUACGUGUGUCUGCCCCGUGUGUAUGCUUCGCGGUUGGAAAUGAAAAAAACGUUAAUCGGCGAAGCACCGGCAUCCGAAUGCCUAGGGAAUGAAAUUAACGCCUCCAAUGUGACGGUACAAAUUUAUCACAGAUUUCCUUCUUUCGUAUCGUGAAAUUUUUAAUUUAACUACGGUUUAAAGUACAGCUAUAUACAAUUACGAGAGGAAUUGUAGAUCCCGAGUGCGCUCUUACGCGACAUUCAUGUUUCUCGCUCGUCGACCAAUUUUCUCAUUUUUCUCAUUUUUCUCUUUUUUCUCUUUUUUCUCUUUUUACUCUUUUUACUCUCGGCGCUGAAACUUUUUUUUUCUCUCACGAAGGGUCUUUACAUCUACGCCGAUAUAAUUAAUCUUGCCUUUUGAAGAUGCAGGGCUUAUUGCCGGAAAAUAAUGAUAAUCCUUUACGCAAACGCCUCUUGCAAAGACGUCGAUUCUAAUUACGCAGGAGGUAGGCGAAAAAUUCAUUCGCGCCGUCCGGAGGAGACGGAGUCGCUCCGAAUUAACACCGAGAGCCUUCCUUACGCCUCCGAUACUCUUUUACACCGUGCGAUCUCGUAUUUACGUAUCGAAAACGUUAGCGGGAGGGGGUACUACUUGCUAACUGCAAUCGCAAACGGAAUUAUUCGAGACUACGGCUAGCACUUGACUGGGGCGCAAAAUUACUCGUAAAAAGCGGUAGCGUUUCUCGCCAUACUUGAGUACCAUCCGGCCAGAAAAUAAUCCUUUUUUCGAC